AUGCCCCAUGAUGGCACAACCGAGGUAGAAAUACCUCAUGAUUUGUUGGUGCAAAAUUACACUGAUCCAGUAGCUGCCAUUGUAUCUGUUACAUAUCCUGAUUUGAUGGAGAAUUUGACGAACAAUGAUUACUUUAAUGACAGGGCUAUCCUAUCCCCAACAAUUGAAGUUGUUAAUCAGGUAACAGCCAAGUUCUUGAAUACCAUUUCUAGCUUUGGUUUGCCCAUGCACAAGUUGACACUGAAAGUUGGGGUGCCUAUUAUGUUGUUGAGAAAUAUUGAUGAAGCCUCUGGAUUAUGCAAUGGGACAAGAUUGAGGGUAACACAUUUGGGGAAGUCUAUGAUUGAAGCAAUAACAUUGAAUGGUUCAAAGCCAAAUGAGAAGGUUCUAAUUAUCACAUGGACAUGA